AUGGCCGACAACGACAAGCCUGAACUCACCCCCGCCGAGGAGGCCGCCGCCCGCGCCAAGGAGGCGGAGGAGCAGAAUGCGCUCCCGUACAAGUGGCAGCAGACCAUUUCCGACGUCGACAUCACCUUUAGCGUCCCCGGAAACUAUAAGAGCAGAGACCUUGUCAUCGAUCUGAAGAAGACCAAGAUCUCGGCCGGCGUCAAGGGACAGGAGCCCAUCAUCACCGGCGACCUCUCCCACCCCAUCAUCGUCGACGACUCGACCUGGACCCUGACCUCGGCCUCGGACGGCACCAAGACGGUUGAGAUCCACCUCGACAAGGUCAACAAGAUGGAAUGGUGGGCGCACGUCGUGACCACGGCGCCCAAGAUCGACGUCUCCAAAAUCACCCCGGACACGAGCAAGCUGUCGGACCUCGACGGAGAGACCCGCGGCAUGGUUGAGAAGAUGAUGUGGGACCAGCGCCAGAAGGAGCAGGGGCUGCCCACCUCGGACGAGCAGAAGAAGUUUGACAUCCUCAAGAAGUUCCAGGCCGAGCACCCCGAGAUGGACUUUAGCAACGCCAAGAUCAGCUAG